GUGACAUAGACUUGUUUUCGAUAAUCUGUGACAAGGAAGUAGCCUACAUCUACAUAUCGAACUAAUCAUUUCAUUGUCUAUUACUGUUUGAUUUUGGAUUGGGCCUAUCCACAUUCUAGGUUCUUGGCCGAAUCGUUUUCCACGAUCUUCCUUAUAAAGAUGCCAGUGCCGCACAAACUUCAAGAGUUUGAAGCCAAAGAUGGCGAUUUCGUCGUGACACCAGAUGUGCAGAAGGCUUUCGAUGAAUAUGGAUACAUUGUAGUCAGGGGCCUCCUCGAGCCAGAGGAACUGUCCGUAUUGAAAACAGCCAUCGAAAAGGAUGCGGCCACUCAGGACAAAUCGUACGGCAGAGACGAUGGGGCAGGGAGAAAGACCAGGGUCAGUCUGUGGAACCACCCAGGGGAUGAUGUGACUGGCGUUGUGGCCAGGGCAGAGAAAGUAGCCGGGACUUUCGAGAAGCUUCUUGGUGGGGAAGUUUACCAUUACCAUUCAAAAGUGAUAUUGAAGGAUGCCUUCACUGGUGGCGCACAUAUCUGGCAUCAGGACUACGGUUACUGGUACGAGAACGGAUGCCUGAUGCCAGACAUGGGGACUACCUGGAUCGCUUUGGACAAAGCAGACGAGAGCAACGGUUGUCUAAAGAUCAUCCCAGGAUCACACAAAGCGGGACGCGUAAGUCACAUCCGAGUUGGCGACCAGGCUGGCGCUGACCCAGAGCGCGUUGAAUACUUCUCGGAGAAGCUUGGCGUCCUUCCCACCGUCCUUGACCCAGGCGACGCCCUAUUCUUCCACUGCAACGUACUCCACCGCAGCGAUCAGAACAGCAGCCCGAACAGGAGGUGGUCGUAUCUUGUGUCCUACAAUCGUGCCAGUAAUGACCCAUUCAAGGAACACCACCAUCCCCGAUACACCCCGAUGGAAAAGGUCCCUAACUCCAUGAUCCGAAAAUGUACGACCGAUCUUAAGUCGGAAGGAAAAUGGUUCAUGGGCAACCCAAAUGAUGAAGAUAUUUCCUUGGCUGGUUUGCAUGGUGGACACUAACCACAUGUACUAUAUGUCAACAGAAAAACAUGGCUUUAACAGCUAAAUUCCUGAGCUUACACCACUACAUU